ACGCCUGGCUCGCGUCGGCCGUGCACCCUGCCCUGAACAGUCCCGGCCGCGGCUUGGAGCCGAGAGGUGGCUGAGAUGGCGUCCCAGCCGCCGCCUCCUCCGAAACCCUGGGAGACCCGCCGAAUUCUGGGGGCCGGGCCGGGGCCGGGGCCUGGCCCCACUUUCCAAUCUGCUGACUUGGGCCCUACUUUAUUGACGAGACCUGGACAACCAACCCUUACCAGAGUGCCCCCACCCAUCCUUCCAAGGCCAUCACAACAGACAGGAAGCAGCAAUUUGAACACUUUCAGACCUGCUUACAGUUCAUUUUCUUCUGGAUAUGGCUCCUAUGGAAGUUCAUUUUAUGGAAGCUAUAGCCCUUACAGUUAUGGGUAUAAUGGUUUGGGCUAUAACCGCCUCCGUAUAGAUGAUCUUCCUCCUAGCAGAUUUGUUCAGCAAGCUGAAGAGAGCAGCAGGGGUGCAUUUCAGUCGAUUGAAAGUAUUGUACAUGCAUUUGCCUCUGUCAGUAUGAUGAUGGAUGCUACCUUUUCCGCUGUCUAUAACAGUUUCAGGGCUGUACUGGAUGUAGCAAAUCACUUCUCUCGACUAAAAAUACACUUUACAAAGGUAUUUUCAGCUUUUGCAUUAGUUAGGACUAUAAGAUAUCUAUAUAGACGGUUACAACGGAUGAUGGGUUUAAGAAGAGGCUCUGAGAAUGAGGACCUGUGGGCAGAAAGUGAAGGAACUGUGGCUUGCCUUGGUGCUGAGGACCAAGCAGCUAACUCAGCAAAAUCCUGGCCAAUAUUCUUGUUCUUUGCUGUUAUCCUUGGAGGUCCUUAUCUCAUCUGGAAACUGCUGUCUACUUACAGUGAUGAAGUACCAGACAACACCAACUGGGCAAGUGGUGAGGAUGACCACGUAGUUGCUAGAGCAGAAUAUGAUUUCACUGCAAUGUCUGAAGAAGAAAUUUCAUUCCAUGCUGGUGAUAUGCUAAACUUAGCUCUCAAAGAACAGCAACCCAAAGUUCGUGGUUGGCUUCUGGCCAGUCUUGAUGGUCAGACAACAGGACUUAUACCUGCAAAUUAUGUUAAGAUUCUUGGUAAAAGAAGAGGUAGAAAAACAGUGGAAGCAAGUAAAAUAUCCAAGCAGCAACAAUCUUUUACCAACUCAACACUAAAUAAAGGAGCCACAGCUGCUGACUCUUUGGAUGAACAGGAAGCUGCUUUUGAAUCUGUUUUUGUUGAAACUAAGGUUCCAGGUGCACCUGAUUCCACAGGGAAAAGUGGAGAUAAACAAGAUCUCUGAUAUCUUUGAUUUUUGUGGGCAGUUGAACAAUAUUUGAGUACUUUUUAAAUUAUUUCAUACAAAGAAAAUAACCUGCAAUUUAGUAAAAAAAAUUUUGUUAUUGGCUAUUUCAGGCAUUUUGCUGCUAGAAAUUAUUAAAAGUUAUACAUUAGUAUAUUGGCCUAGUAACCUGGUCACAUUUAUAAUGUGUUGGACCAUGAGGACAUUAGUUUCGCCUAGCUUUAAGAUUAUGGAGAUUGCUAUCAUUUUCACAUAUUUAAAUCCCUUGGUUUAUUGGAAGAAAAAUAUUUAAUGAACUAUAUAGAAUAUAUGGUUUGCUACAGGAGGGAUCAUUAAUGAUUCUUAAAGUUCUAGAUUGACUUGAAAGCCUCAGAAAUUGACUGAUAACAAAUGUUUAUGAGAACAAGCACAAAUGCAAAAUUUUUACAACCUUAAACUGAAUAAUAAAAUUUUUGUGACCUA